UACGAGACGCACGGAGUCCAGUUAAUUCUGCCGAAUAAUUCGCGCCUGCAUCAAAAUUCUGGGGAAAAAGACAAAAAAAUCUGAGCGAGGCGCGCGAUGUGCAGUGUGCUUCCCCCAAACUGAAAAAGUAACAAGGAGCCGGCAUCGGAAUUCACGAAUUGCACCUCAUUUCUCCUCCAUUAUCCUCUUUGACACAUUCUUAUUACAAUUUUCCUAUUAAAUCUAUAAUAAUAAUAUCCACUACCGCAUUCGUGAAUUCUUUUGGCUCCGUCACAUUUCCAUUUUCCUCCAGGUCCCUGAUCCAGCCGAUCGGGCCCUUUCCAGUUUUGAUUUUGCCUAUUAUUUCCUGAUCUAGUUGUCAUUUCUUUAAAUUUUUUUGGUUCAUUCUGUUGACAUAAUUAUUUCUAAAAAUGGAGUCAUUGAUUGAGCUAUGUGAUUUAAUCGCACAAAACCCAGCUCAAUUCGCAGAGAAAUUAGCAUGGAUAUGCGGCAGAUGCCCUCCAGCAGAAGCCUUACUCGUUGGAUCUUCUCCUAGGGUUUCAAGGUCUCAACUCAAUGCCAUACUCGCCGUUGCACGAUUCCUCUCCAAAUGUCCUAACCAUUCGGAUGAAAUGCCCAAAUCCCUCGUUCUCGCGUUCUAUCGUUCAAUUCCUUCCUCUUUUAACCCGCACUUUUGGCCUCAAUCCCUUACAAACGACUCAAUUGUUUCAUUUUUCCGUGAUCUUUUGGAAUAUAUUUGUAAAGCAUGUGAAUUGUCUCCGGAAUUUUCUGCCGACGUAGCUAGAUUCACGGGGGAUAUUGUGACAUCGGCUUUAGGUAACAGGAGUGGAGAUUUGGGGAUUUCGAAGGCAGUUUUGAAAGCAAUGUGUUAUUAUUUCCCUCCUAUUGUUCCUUCUGAUGCUAAUAAGUUGGUUUCGGGUCUGCUCGAGCAGUUUGAUAAUUUUGUCCCUAGCUCUCCCCGAGAGCUGCUUGGAACUUCUUCCUCUCAUAGUUCACCUAUGAGCGGUAGCAAUAUAGAUUUGUUAGGUGGAAGUAGUGGUGGUGGGUACAAUGAUGGAGAUGGCAGUGCAGAGAAACAACGAGCCAUUGCCUCAUUCGAAGAGGAGCCACUUGAUAGCAUUGAGAAAAGAGAAAUGGCUUUGAAAUUGAUAGGAAAUGUCCUGGGAAAAGUCUCUAUUGAGGCCAAUCUAUUGGAUAAUGUUAGAGGUAUCGUAAAGCAGCAAUUUCAGUCGAUGGUAGCAUUUUUAAAGAUAAGGAAACGUGAUUGGUCAGAACAAGGGCAGUCGCUGAAAGUUAGGAUCAAUGCCAAACUUGCUGUUUAUCAAGCAGCAGCCAGAUUGCAGAUUAAAACUCUUGCAUCACUUGAUUUGGAUGGAAAAUCAUCAAAAAGAUUGUUGCAGGGAGCUCUUGCUUCAUUGAUAGAGGCUGCAGAGGCAUGUUUAUUCUCAGUGUGGCGAAAGUUGAGAGCAUGUGAAGAGCUAUUUCGCUCCUUGCUUUCUGGAAUUUCCCAUGCUGCUGUUGCUCGUGAUGGUCAGAUGCUUCGAGUGCUGCUCAUUCGGUUUAAGCCUCUUGUGCUGGCGACAUGUGCUCAGGCAGACAGUUGGGGCAGCAACCAGGGGGCCUUGUUUGAAAGCGUGUUGAAGACAAGUUGCGAGAUAAUUCAGUUUGGAUGGAACAAGGAUCGAUCUCCUGUGGACACUUUUAUUAUGGGGUUUCCUAUUUGUGAAAGGAAUCGUUAUGAGGAAGAGGUAGAGAAGGAGAAGCAGGCAGCUCCUUCCCUGCAGUUGAACGUUAUAAGGUUACUAGCUGAUCUGAAUUCUUCAGUUAAGAGGCCUGAAAUUGUGGAUAUGAUAUUGCCUAAAUUCAUUGAAAGUUUAGAGGAGCGUGAUGCAUCAAUACCAGGCUUAUUGAGACUCCGACUUCUUGAUGCUGUUGCUCGUAUGGCAAGUUUAGGUUUUGAGAAGUCCUACCGUGAAGCUGUUGUUCUGAUGACAAGGAGUUACUUAAGUAAACUUGCUGCUGUUGGCUCAGCUGAAAGUAAGACCACAGCCCCAGAGGCCACAACAGAGCGUGUUGAGACACUUCCCGCAGGAUUUCUUCUGAUUGCCAGAGAUUUGACUACUCCUAAGUUGCGUACAGACUACCGUCAACGUUUGCUAUCCCUGUGCUCAGAUGUGGGCUUGGCUGCAGAGUCAAAAAGUGGAAAGAGUGGAGCAGAUUUUCUUGGGCCUCUCCUUCCUGCCGUGGCUGAGAUAUGUUCAGAUUUUGAUCCUACUGUAGAUGUUGAACCUUCACUCUUGAAGUUGUUUAGAAACUUGUGGUUCUAUAUUGCUCUCUUUGGGUUGGCUCCUCCAUUACAGAACCUUAAUGGCAUGGCAAAGUCAGUAUCAACGACUCUAAACAGUGUUGGUAGCAUGGGAGCAAUUGCACUUCAAGCGGUGAGUGGUCCAUACAUGUGGAGUGCUGAUUGGUCCUCCGCUGUCCAACGCAUUUCUCAAGGAACCCCACCACUUGUUGUGAGCUCCGUGAAGUGGCUUGAAGAUGAGUUGGAACUUAAUGCUCUUCAUAACCCAGGUAGUCGGCGUGGUAGUGGCAAUGAGAAAGCUGCCGUUAGCCAAAGAACUGCUCUUUCUGCUGCUUUAGGAGGGCGUAUGGAAGUUUCAGCGAUGAGCACAAUUUCCGGUGUCAAGUCAACUUAUCUACUUGCUGUAGCAUUUUUGGAGAUCAUACGGUUUAGUAGUAAUGGUGGGAUUCUCAGUGUGGGCCCUAGUUCAACAGCUUCUAGAAGUGCCUUCAGCUGUGUCUUCGAAUACUUAAAGAGUCCUGGUCUCACGCCGGCUGUCUCUCAGUGCUUGACUGCAAUUGUUCACAGGGCUUUUGAAACAGCAGUAGCGUGGCUGGAGGAUAGGAUGUCUGAGACUGGACCUGAAGCAGAGUAUAGGGAAUCUACGUUGUCCACACAUGCCAGUUUCCUUGUAAAAAAUUUGUCUCAAAGGGAUGAGCAUAUACGAGAUAUCUCAGUCAAUUUGCUGAAUCAAUUAAGAGAUCGCUUUCCUCAGAUUUUGUGGAAUUCUUCUUGUCUAGAUUCACUGUUGUUUUCUGUGCACAAUGAUCCACCUUCAUCUGUAGUCAAUGAUCCUGCUUGUGUUGCUACUAUUCGCUCUUUGUACCAAAGAACUGUUCGCGAAUGGAUAAUUGUUUCACUUUCACAGGCUCCUUGUACUAGUCAGGGGCUUCUUCAGGAAAAGCUUUGUAAAGCAAACACUUGGCAAAAAUCACAGCCUACAGCAGAAGUUGUUUCUCUCUUAUCCGAGAUAAAAAUUGGUACUGGUAAAAAUGAUUGUUGGACCGGAACAAAAACAGCAAAUAUUCCUGCUGUUAUGGCUGCAGCAGCUGCAGCAUCUGGAGCAAAAUUAAAAUUGACGGAGGCGUUUAAUUUAGAGGUGCUCAGUACUGGUAUGAUCAGUGCAACUGCGAAGUGUAAUCAUGCUGGAGAAAUUGCAGGGAUGAGAAGGUUAUAUGAGAGUAUUGGUAGCCUUGAUCGGCCAGCAUUGGGUCCCGGUGAUAUGGUGGAUAGUUUGCAGCCAAAAACUGAGUCCUUUUCUGAGGUUUUACUUACAAAGUUUGUCCGACUGCUGCAGAAAUUUGUUAAUACUGCAGAAAAAGGGGAAGAAGUGGAUAAGUCAUCAUUCCAUGAAACUUGUUCUCAAGCAACUGCUUUGCUUCUCUCUCAUCUGGGUUCAGAUACUAAAUCAAAUGUAGAAAGCUUUUCACAAAUUUUACGUCUUCUUUGCUGGUGCCCAGCUUAUAUAUUGACAUCUGAUGCCAUGGAGACUGGUGUAUUUAUUUGGACAUGGUUGGUUUCAGCUGCUCCUCAACUGUGUUCUCUGGUACUUGCUGAGCUCGUCGAUGCAUGGUUGUGGACAGUCGACACAAAGCGAGGUCUUUUUGCAUCUGAAGUUAGGUGUAGUGGACCUGCUGCUAAAUUAAGGCCUCAUCUGGUUGCCGGGGAGCCAGAAGCACCACCUGAAAAGGAUCCCGUUGAUCAAAUAUUGGCCCACAAACUAUGGCUUGGUUUUUUCAUUGAUCGUUUUGAGGUUGUUCGACAUGAUAGUGUUUCACAGCUUUUACUUUUAGGGCGGUUGUUGCAAGGAACCACCAAACUACCUUGGAACUUUUCUUCCCACCCUGCUGCUACUGGCACAUUUUUCACCCUGAUGCUACUUGGGCUGAAGUUUUGCUCGUGCAAGUCACAGGGUAAUUUGCAAAACCUCAGGGCUGGGCUUCAGCUUCUGGAAGACAGAAUAUAUAGGGCUUCAUUGGGGUGGUUUGCUCACCAACCUGAGUGGUAUGAUAUGAAUAAGAACUUUGCCCUGAGUGAGGCACAGUCCGUUUCUAUGUUUGUCCAUCAUCUUUUGAAUGAGCAAUUAGAUACUCCCCAACUUGAUUCCAGAGGACGUGCACUGGAAAAUGGAAACUCUUUGAAUGAUGUGAGAGAUCAAUUCCAUCCCGUUUGGGGCCAAAUGGAGAGCUACGCUGUUGGAAGGGAGAAGCGGAAACAGUUGCUUCUGAUGUUAUGCCAGCAUGAAGCUGACAGACUUGAUGUCUGGGCACAACCUACUGCCAAGGAAAUCACUUCACGUCUUAAAAUCAGCUCCGACAAAUGGGUCGAUUUUGCUCGAACUGCCUUUUCUGUGGAUCCUCAGAUAGCUUUGUGUCUGGCUGCAAGGUUUCCUACAAAUAAUCAUCUGAAGACUGAAGUAACACAGUUGGUGCAAUCGCAUAUAUUGGAGAUACGUCACAUACCUGAAGCAUUGCCAUACUUUGUUACACCUAAAGCCAUUGAUGAAAAUUCAACACUUCUACAACAAUUGCCACACUGGGCUGCUUGUUCAAUUACACAGGCGCUGGAGUUCCUCACACCAGCAUACAAGGGUCAUCCACGUGUCAUGGCUUAUGUUCUAAGGGUGUUGGAGUCUUAUCCUCCUCAAAGAGUAACCUUCUUCAUGCCCCAGCUGGUGCAGGCCCUGAGAUAUGACGACGAGAAAUUAGUAGAAGGAUACUUGCUGAGAGCUACUCAAAGGAGUGACAUAUUCGCUCAUAUUCUAAUAUGGAAUCUGCAGGGUGAGACUUGUGAGCCGGAGUCAGGGAAAGAUUCUUCUUCAAAGCAUGCUGCAUUUCUGGCCCUGCUUCCUCUUGUGAGGCAACGAAUAAUUGAUGGGUUCAAUGAAAAGGCUCGUGAUGUGUUUCAAAGGGAGUUUGAUUUCUUUGACAAGGUUACAUCUAUAUCUGGCGCACUCUAUCCACUCCCCAAGGAGGAGAGACGAGCUGGCAUUCGGAGGGAGCUGGAGAAAAUUGAGAUGCAAGGAGAUGAUCUCUAUCUACCUACAGCUCCUAAUAAAAUCGUGAAAGGGAUUCAGGUUGAUAGUGGAAUUCCCUUGCAAUCAGCUGCCAAGGUUCCUAUUAUGAUCACAUUUAACGUUGCAGAUCGAGAUGGCGAUCAAAAUGACAUAAAACCCCAAGCUUGUAUAUUCAAGGUAUGAUUAGGGGAUAUAAGCGUAUUU